UUUUUUUUUUUUUGGUUUAAUUUUCAUAAACCACCUCUUCAUCUUUCUUGUUCGUCAUUCCUUAAAUUCAAUUCUUAUUUCAUUCUUUACUUUUCAUUCUACUUCAUACUUCUUUUUCUUAUCAUAUCAUAUCACUCAACCAUCUCCAUUCGACUUCACAUAUCCACUAUCAUCAACCAUCAUAGACAUACCAUCCCUUCCAUUCUUCAAUUACGUUAUUAUUAAUCUGCAUAUCUAUUCCCAUUGAUACCCAACCUUUUUUUUCUUCCUGCUUACCCACUCACUCACUCCCUCACUAAAAUUAGUUAGUGAUUCCCCCCUCCCAUGUCUCACACUAGCAUUAUUAAUCUACUACCACCUCCUCCACCACAAUCAUCAUCUACAUCCACUCCCAUUUCAAUCGCAUUAAAAUUAAAUAAUAUCAUACUAGAUCAUUUCAAUCAUUGUCUAUCAAAAUCAAUAACUCCAAAACUCCUAGUUAGAAAUGGUCAAUAUUUUGUGAAAAUAUCUGAUGAUGUGAUAUUCCCCUGUAAUACCAUACCUGAAAAUUUAAAUUUCGAUAUAUAUUCAACUAAUCCUAAUGAUAAAGGGGAUUUUCAAGGUAGAAUUGAAACUAAAUUGAAUGUUUUAAAUGAUUCAAAGAAUAUCAAACAAAUAUCAAAAUUAAAAGUUUCACCAUCUUCUACUACUACUAAUUCAUCUGCAUUUACUACAUCUUCCCUCCCUGCAUCUCCUAAAAUUUCCUUAACUCCAGCUUCAACGACAACGACAUCUGCAACGACAACUUCACGACUUAAUAAUGGUCCUAAACGAUCAUCAUCAUCAUUGCUCCCAUUUAAGAUCAAUUCCAAUGAUUCAAAUUCAGAAAUCACUCGGAAAUUCUUAAAUUUAAUCGCAUUGGGUCCAAUCACCGAAUCAACCAUCAUGAAAACUCUUCACAUCACCGAACAUCAUGUUGAUUUAAUUGCAGAUUUGAUCUCAAAUCUAUGUCAAAUCUAUAAUCCUAGUGAUUCAUUCAUCCAAGAUUCAAGAUUCCCCAAUCAAGAAUUAUCCAAUAUUUCAAAUUCAUCAGAUGAUGAUCAAUUUAAUUUGAUUCCAAAAUAUAUCUUGAAGGAUAAAUCAUAUAAGGAUUUAAAACCAUGGAAAUGGAAUUUCACCGACUUUGAAAGAGAUCUAAUCAUCAAUAAUAUAAAUCAUUCCCUAACAAGAUUAGGAUAUUCUGAAACCCAUCCAUUGCGGAAUAAAAUCUGUUUGAAUCCCGAAUUGAAUAAUAAUGAUGCAUCAAGUUCGUCUUCAGAUGAUGAUAAUCAUAAUGGUCUGAGUAAUAGUUCAAAUGGGAAAACUCAUAAGAAACAAUCAUCUCUUGGGGGUGGGAUUUUAAUAUCGAAGAAUAAUAAAAGCUUACCAUUCCGGAAAUCUCAAACUGAUCUGCCAAAACUUUCAAAUCUUAAGAGAGUUGGUGGGUCAGGUCAUACGAAUUUAUCUACUGGUGGGAAUACAUCUGCAUUAGGAUCACCUAAACCAAAGCCAUCUACUGGAGUGACUUCAACUACAACAACAUCAUCAACUACAGCUGCAUCGACUAAUACGAAGUCUGCUGCUGUUAAGAGAAAAUUAUCCAUUUCUUCAGCAUCAUCUUCGGCAUCGAAUUCAUCUGAUGAAGAAAGACAUAGUAAACGUCCUAAACCAGAUUCAUACACCUCCCCAUCAUCAGAAGAAGAUGAUUCUCAUACAACUAAUGUCAGUGCCCCUCCUAUGGUAACAACUACUACUUCAAGACCUAAUACUCCUAAUCCAACUACUAAAAAAUUAGAUUAUUAUACCAAUUUGGCCGUUAAAUUUAAAUCCAAAUAUAAAGAAUAUGAAUCAUUAUAUAAUCAAUUGAAAUCAAAUUCUCCCGUCAAGAAUCCUUCACUUCAAUCAUCGAAUAGUAAGAAACAAUUAAUGAAAUUAUUAGAAUUACAUACCACAUUAGCCCAAUGGAAGAAGACACUUUGGGAUUAUAAUAAUAGUAGUUUAGGGAAAUCAUCCAUCAAUGGACUUUCAAAACAUAAAAAGGCACAAAGUUUAAGUCCGGCCAUCUUAGAUAAUAGUCAAUUAUUCCCUCCUAGACCUCCUUCACGACAAAUUACUCCUUCAAUUCCUCAAUCUGGGUCAUCGAAAUUAAGUCAUAAACAUAAAUUAUCCCUUGAUUAUUAAUGUUGACUCUUAUUGCACAGUUUAAAAAUAAUACUCAUACGUAUAUCCCUUUUGCAUCUUAACUCUAUUUAAUCAUAUUUUAUACAUACAUUAUAUUAAAGUACAUAGAGAUAUAUAUUAAUUAUACUAAAAAAUA